CCACAAUAGGCCUAAUCCGAUUGGACAAAGGGAUUAUAAAUCCACGAUUGUAGCUCCGCCUCACGGAUGGUUUCUGCUGUGAGGCUCCGGACUGUAAAAUAGGUUAUGUCCAUUCGAGCGCAAGUUUUCUGUAACCAAAACUACGCAAUGGUCGGAAAAUUGCAGAUAGGCUUUUUCACCAAGUAGGAGGUUAAAAUAGACAAAGUCGAUAUUACAACAUGCGUGUUAUUUCAGGAAAGUAAUGCGUUUACUUCUGUAGACUAUAGACACAUACUAACUGUGUCUUUGAAGAUCAACACUUGGAUACGAUUGUGAUUUUAAACCUCCAACCAGUUUGCUUCCCGCUGGAGCAUUUGGGGGACCUCCUUGUGUUUGGAAAAAUCGUUUUUCUGCCCCGAAAGCUUCAUGACAGACUGAGUGUAGUGAGUGAAGUUGUGCGUGGCAGCAGCUCAGCGGUUCCCCCCAAUACCCAAACUACAACAGACACUGAGGAGGGAUGCUGUCCAAACCUGAAUGGACUGUACGCUACAUCACUUAAAUGGAAAGGUGAGGCCAGAAGACGACGGGUGUGUUUGAGUCUACACGGGAGCAGGCACCAAUGCACACUGAUCCUGGCUGCUGUUCCCACUUUUUCCAUCCAGACUCAGAUUCAUAAUUCUCUCGCCAGGAGGAUAGCAGUCUCCGGUUACUCUGCAAUUGAUCCAGCAGAUUGCUACACCCUCCCCCACACACACACACACAUUAAGCCUCCUUUAUACAAGGAUGAUGUCAUGAUCCAAAGGGGACCCUGAUGAUACGGAUCCUCCGGCUCAGGCCCUUGGGGGUCCCCUUCUGCAGGCCCUCCAGAGAUGGAGACACCACUGUUGACUUCCACACAUGCAGCUCCACUGUGUUUGUUCCUGGAUCUACCACCAGCAUCUUAAGCCUCCUCUCCGGGUCCAGCUGCAUGCUCCAGCCCGGUUACUGUCCGUAAGGGUACUGGAUGGCCCCGGACAGAACCAGCCAGCAUGCCCAUCACUCAGGAAAAUGCCGUAAGCCACCUCCCACUCCUAGUUACCUGGCUUGGGGGUCAGCACAGAACUAGGGAAUCAGGAGACCAAAACCACAACACUGCCCGGAACCAGGAUGGCUACAGUUGUUCAAAGGACCCGAAGCCAGACGGUGAGAGUGACAGCCUGUGCAGCAGCAGCAGCAGCAGCAGCAGCAGCAUAGGGGACAUGUCCCUCUGCCUGGCCGCCAUCCACAAGCUGGUGGCAUACAUCCAGCUCAACUUUGUGGAGGGCGAGGGAGAGGGCGAGGGAGCGCCAGCGGCCCCACGGCCCCCCCUAGACCCCCCUCAGGAGGGGCUGGACGUGGAGGUGCGGGCCGUCUGCCUGAAGAGGGCCGAAAGGGACUCGGCCGAGUUCGGCCUCAGCUUCGGGAACAUCCCCAUCUUUGGGGACCCCGAGGGGGGCAAGAAGACCGGCCGGAGGAGGAAGAAGAAGGGCGACCAGGGGCCGGUGCUUGAGGUGGGCUGCAUCUGGGUGACGGAGGUGAGGAAGAGGAGCCCGGCGGCGCGCUGCGGGCAGAUCAAGCUUCGGGACGAGCUGCUCUCGCUCAACGGGCAGCUGAUGGUGGGGGUGGACGUCACCGGUGCCAGCUACCUGGCAGACCAGUGCUGGAAUGGCGGCUGCAUCUACCUGAUCAUGCUCCGGCGAAUCAAAAGAAAGGCCCCUCCCCCGCCUUGCAAUGGCAACGGCGACACUAAUGGUACGGCCGUCACGGCAAGCAGGGAGGUCUGCCGCUCAGAGGAACAGCGGACCGGGGACUGCAGCUUUGAGACACCUGGCAGUCCAGCUCAAAACGGCAAACGGACGCGCAAGUUUGGUGUUGUUUCCCGCUCGUCCUCGAACAGAGACAGCAAGGACAGCAUAGACAGUCGGGACUCUGAACUUGAGAAUGGAUACCACAGUCCGUGCCUUCCUGCGGUCCCCGGCCCCCUGGAUAAGGAUAAUGAGGAGGCCCCUUCAGAAGAUCGGCCAAGGGACGAACGAGCCAACACGUUACCUCAUGCUAAAGGGGCCCCAAGUCAUCUGCAAAACGGAGGGACAGCCACCCUACCAACACGGUACAGACUUCUGGAACGCAAGACGGGCUCUGUCAGCAGCGAUGCGUCAAGCCAGCCAAGAGAGGGGGGCCACAUCUGGAAGAUGCACCUGGUGAAGAGCCAGGAGGGGCUGGGGAUCCAGAUCACGGGGGGACGCGGCUCCAGGCGCUCCCCUCACGGUAUCAUCAUCGCCCACGUGGAGGAUGGGGGGACGAUCCAGAGGGACGGCCGCCUGCGAGUCGGUGACGAGCUGUUGAUGAUAAACGGCAAAUCCCUGGUGGGCCUUUCUCACCAGGAGGCGGUGUCCAUCCUCCGCUCCGCAGCCGGCCUUGUACAGCUCGUGGUCGCCAGCAGGGAGGAGUCGGAGGUGGACUUCCAGCGCUACCCGUCCACCAGCCUCCCAGACCUGCUGAGCACCUGCAGCGCCUCGCCCCCUCCCCAGGCCCUGCUGGCGGGCAGCGUGGCCAUCGUGGCCUCCCACUCCUCCUCCUCCCUGAGCGAGGAGGGAGCAGGCCUCUCCCUGCCUGCCCACGACCCGACGGAGCUGGAUAAGCCUGAGGGAGGCCGUGGGGAGUCCCCGAAAGUAUGUGGACGCAGCUCCUCACCCAUGAAGUUCUGUGGCUGGUCCCAAGGAGGCGGGACUCGGCUGGAGUCGGUGGGGGAGGACGAUGAGCUCGUUGUGGAGAACGCUGAGGCCAGCGGCGGCUCCUUGGAGAAGUCUGCCCACGGCAGGCGGAAGCACUCCCUGCCCCAGCAACUGGACACCACAGGCACGCGGCAGGAAUAUCAAAUAGUCAAGAAAUCGGCUCGUUCAUUGAGCACGGUUCAAGUGGAGUCACCAUGGCGACUGGCCCAGCCGUCUAUUAUCUCCAACAUUGUCUUGAUGAAAGGACAGGGAAAGGGGCUGGGCUUCAGUAUCGUUGGAGGUCAAGACUCUGCAAGGGGCCGGAUGGGUAUUUUUGUCAAGACCAUUUUUAACAAUGGAGCUGCUGCAGCUGACGGUCGCCUCAAAGAAGGAGAUGAAAUUCUGGAAGUGAAUGGGGAUUCUCUUCAAGGUCUUACCCACCAAAAAGCCAUCCAGACCUUCAAGCAACUGAAAAGAGGGGUCGUGACCUUGACAGUGCGGACGCGCCUGCGGAGCCCCAGCCUGACGCCCUGCCCCACCCCCACCCUCCUCAGCCGCUCCAGCUCCCCCGUCUCCAAUGCCAGUGGCGGGGCGCCCGUCCCCCCAGGGAGCGAGGAGGCCGAGGGACGUAAGCCUCCGGGUCCUGGCCCCAAGGACCGCAUCAUCAUGGAGGUCUCUCUCAAUAAAGAGCCCGGAGUAGGUCUGGGCAUCGGAGCGUGCUGCCUGACCCUAGAACACUCUGCCCCUGGCAUUUACAUCCACAGUCUAGCGCCAGGCUCUGUGGCCAAAAUGGACAGCCGGCUCAGUCGUGGCGACCAGAUACUGGAGGUGGAUUCCGUGAGCCUACGGCAUGUAGCUCUGAGCGAGGCCUAUGCCAUCCUCAGUGAGUGUGGCCCUGGGCCUGUCAGCCUCAUUAUAGGCAGACACCCCAACCCAAAGGUAUCAGAGCAGGAGAUGGACAAUAUUAUCGCUCGUUCCACCCAUCGGGACAGCACAAGCAAGGAUGGCCACUUUUGUCACACCUUAGGUCUGCCCUCCAAGAGUCCCUCCCCAACGGUCAAGGCCAAGCAGGGAGAAGGUUCUCCAAGUCUCAGCUGGACCAUGAAGAGGUUUCUGGAACCGGCCAGCAGGCAGGGGUCCCUGAGCUCUGAGGCUGAGCUUUCCCAGUAUUUCUCCCAGGAAGUGACCAGCCCUUCAACCCUAUCUGCGUCCACUACACUGGGUUCUUCUGACUAUGAUGCACCUCAUCACACCCAAGCAGAUCACCCCAUCGCUCAGAGUGAAGCAGAAAGUGGUCGCAUGUACCAAGCAUCAGACCUAAAGAACAGCAGCAGCCCCGCGGUCACUAACCACCACGUGGACCUAAAGCAUCAGCAGAGUCUCACCGGCAGCCCUUCCUCGGUGCGGAGCCCUCUCCUACGCCAGCGCCGCGUAAUCUGCUACGAGGAGGACCACAGCGAUGACGACAACAACCACAAUAAGCACCCCCGAGAUGCUGAAGGCUUGCUGCCGUCGCGCAGGACAGCCAACAUCCGGACUGCUGACCCUAGCAUUUCACAUGUUGCCCAUGCACCCGAGAAGCACUCUGAGAUGGUUAUCACAGCAUCGUCUGUAGAGGUGGACGAGGAAAGUCAUGACGGGGGAGAUCUGCGACAGCUUUGGAGGAGUGAGGCAACCACACCGUUCUACAGCAGCUCCCUGGAGUCUGAGGAAAGCGUGGCCGUGACCUCUGGUUCAGAGUCCCCCUUCGCACCCAUACGCAGUCCCUUUGACCUCGAAGCAUGCAAAGCGGCUGAUGUUGGCUUUGUGUCCGGUAAGUUGGAUGUAAAGAAAGACCCUCAGAUCAGCCGCGACGGUGGACAGCUGGAGUCAAAGCGCUCCCCGAAGCUGGAGCACAAAGCGGUGAUGCGUGUCAAGAGCAUGAUGAGCAUUGAGGUGCCCAAAAACGGCCAGCCACCAAAGCUCAAAGGAGGUGUGGAUCUUACUCUGACUUCAACGUCUUCCCAAUCCCAAUCCCAAGACACACCCUCAGGUGGAGCCCUGGCCAGGACCCCAGCAUUGCCUUUGCUUCAAUAUGGCAGGCAAGCAGAGGGCAGCGAACUAGCUGGUGUGUGCACCAUUGACAAGGUAGUCUUGAGGAAGAGCAAGGAAGAAACCUUUGGCCUAGAUCUGGAGAUAAAGUCAUCCCCUCUGAAAGUGGUCAUCACUGCGUUAAGACCAGGAGGGGCUGCUGAAAGGGAAUCCAAUGGCAAAAUGAGCGUUGGAGAUGAAAUAGUGGUGAUUGGGGACUUGCAGGUCUGCGGAUCAAACUAUCAAGAUAUAUGUGAUCUCAUGCGAAACCUUCCUGAAACACUCUCCUUGGAAAUCAAGAGACCUGUAUCAGCUGUAAACCGACUUUCAAGUUUGAUGUCAUCAGGAAGUUUUGAUGGAGCCAAUAAAGACAAUGUACCCAGACUCCACCAGAAAGAAAACGAUGGCCCAAUCGCCACGAAAAAUCCAGGAAAUUCCCUACAAGGAACGAAUCCCAGCCCCAUAAUUCAACCAAACGAAGAUUCUCAAAUACCAGUCACAAGUAUAGCCAUUCUUAAAGGUAACUUGGGUACCUCUGAUGUGACAAGUGGCUCCCCUGCUGAACCAUCAGGCAAUGAACCUGUUCCCUGUGGACCCGACCCACCUUGGAGUGUUGGUGUUCCUGCACCAACACAGCCCAGUGUGCACCUUUCAAACCUUGACACAGGAAGUAAUAAGGGUUGCCUACAGAUUGUGGGGACAAGAUUUUUAAACAGUUACUCCAGAAAUGUUGGCAAGUUCAAAGAGAACAAUUUACUUUUAAAUCCUACAAAUGGACAGGGAUCAGAUGAUGGCUCUAAACACAUGUACAAUAUUGGGAUGGAUAGCGAUUCGGAAAGUGACUCCAUCACUGACGGUCAUUCUACGGAUAUAACUGCCAACCUUGAAGGAUCCCAAGAACUGGACUCCGAUUUGGAGGAAGUUGAACUUUGUUUUCGUAAAACAGAUCAGAUGGAAAAGUUAAUAAAAGGGACUUUGUCUCCUCAGAAUACUGGCCAAAAUGUAGAGCAAAACAUUGCUCAGACCUCUCGUUUACUGGAGGACCCUGAAUUAAUUUCUCUAACAAGCAAAGAUGUUCCUUCAGUUGCGACUGAUCAUCUAAAAAUUUCCCAUGCUUCAGGGGUCACUUUGUCUGGGGAAUCUACUCUUUCCUUUGGUCAUGAUUCAUGCAAGUUUUCCACAGAUUCAAUUCCAGUGCCCUUGGAGUCUUCAGUGGGCCACAGCAAUAUCUCCUCAUGUUCUAAAGUUGAGACUUCAAGUGCUGUGUGUUUAAGCAUGUAUUGCACUGAGGCCCCUACAUUGAAUAUCAAGCAAUUCCCAGUAUCAAAUCCCAAAGAGAUGGAGAAGUCUCCAUCAAAUACUGCAAUUUCAUUGAGACAUGUUGAAGAGAGUGUGAACAAUUUGGCAUCACCAGAUUCUGCAAAGUCCACCGUCUCAGACAACAGCAGCUCACAAACAACACUGUCGAGUUCUCAGUCAAUAGGAGACAAUGAAAGGGAAGAGGUUCUUCCCACCUGCAGGACUAUAUCAAAUACUACCACUCCUAUUCCAUUGCAAAGGGCAACAGAAUCAAAUUGUGUCAACAUUUCAGGCAAAACUAAUCCCCAGGAGAAAUCUCAAAAUAGACCCAAAACCAUGGCUCCAAGAUUAAAAGGCCUGACAAUUAAGAAUAGAAACAAGCACCAGGAGCCACUUGUACUAUUACCCACCAGAGCACAAAGCCCUGUCACUAAAGGUGCUAACUGCUCACCUCGUCAGUUACCCAAACUACAACCCAAGAAAAUUGAUGUUUCCAGUAGGUUAAGAGUAGCUAAACAGUCGGAGAUAACAUGUCCUGCGUCUCCCAAAUUAAAUAAAGGCCAAGAUAAAGGCAAUUCAAGUCAUCCUGGUAGAACAUUAGAGGUAGCAACAUUGGACAAUAAGGCAAAAGAGUGUGAACCACAGCAAGGAUAUCGAGUCUCUGCCAAAACAUGUGGUAAACAUGAAACAUCUGCAACACAGAGGACAUUUAUAGAGGUCAGAUUGUCUUCCACCUCAUCUCCCACACCGGGUCAGACACAUAACCAACAUAUGACUAUAAAGCAAAGUAACACAACUGAAAACACAGUUUUGCAAGACAAAAAUAUUGGAAGCCCAAAUGAUAGUGUAUCUCCAAUGGUUAUAUUGCCAUGCCCCAUCCUAAGUGUGGCCAAAUCAAAUGGCAUCGUUAGUAAGGCAGCAGUCAAAUCAUCAGAGUCUAUAAAUGAGAUGCAUGCAAGUGAUAGUAGUAUUAAACCUUUCAAAACACCAGAGACAGAUGAAAGCCUUAAGUCCAGUCGGUCAAGACUGUAUUUAAAAGCAAUGGAAAGACGAAGUUUUUCUACAGAUGGUGCAUUUUCUGUUGACCUUAAUCCCUUCUCAGUCCAACAAAAGAUCAAGUCUUUUGAAAAUUUAGCAAGUUUUGAAAAGCCAGUAGUUAAAGGCAUUGACAUUCCUUCAGCUUACGCUUUAAGUUGCAGACCUUCACUUAACCAGAGGUUGUCUGGUUAUAUGGGUUUAGUCAGUGCUAUCGACGGUCGCGCACUGAAGAGGAGUUUGAGUUCUGGUGUGGAGAACUUCAACCUUUCCUCGCCUUCCUCUCUAUGUCUCACCAAAUCUCCUUCAAGCUUUACUUUGACUUGCUUUGAUCAUGCUGUCGACGACAACACAGCCACCCAGGACAAAAUUAUGGAUGUAGCUCUGAAACCUACUGAUGGCCUCAGCCCAACAACGCCACCUGUCUUUAGACAGAAGCAAGCAAGGGGGCAUGCCAACCUAUCCCGCAUCAAAAUGCGGGAGCUCAGGGCGCUCAGCAUGCCUGAAUUAGACAAGCUAUGCACAGAGGACUUCAGAAGCAAUCCAAGUGCAGUGUAUUUUAAAACUGACCCAGGGACACAGCCUACUGAUUUGAUAGAAUCCAACAUGGACAACUGCUCUGACCAAACGGAACCAGGGGUGAUUCUUAUAGAAGGCAAUCCAAGGGCCGUGAAAGAAUCAAUUCAGGAAGAUGCCAGAACAGAUGGCCACCACCCAGAUCUCAGCGGCUGGUCAAUUAGUCUAAAGGAGUUGGCAAAUUCCCCUCUGGACCAGAGCAGGCUUCAGGCAGUGCUGUCCUUGUUGAAGAGUAAAUUUGAUGUGCUGUCCCUUCUCCAAGAAACUAAGGCUCUAUCUGAGGUUAAAGUUGAUACUUUCUUUGUUGUCCUCGUCAAAGAAGAGGGCUCAGGGCUGGGUUUUAGUAUUGCUGGUGGAGUGGACCAUGAGCAGAAAUAUAUAACCGUUCACCGGGUGUUCACCAAAGGGACUGCUUGUCUUGAGGGUACCAUUCACAGGGGGGACAGUAUCCUCUCCAUAAAUGGCAUAAGCCUUGAAGGCACCACCCACGGAGAAGCAUUGUUCCAUCUCCAUCAAACCCGGAUGUUCUCCCCGACCAUAGUUGUCAUUUGCAGAGGCAAAAAAAGUGAACACAGUGGCUCUCCAUGCCUUGACAUAUUACAUCAGCCAAGGCAGCCCUCUCUGUGUACCAAGAAGAGGUCAAUGGAGGCUGGAGCAGUAGUUGAAGUAGGUCCUGAUGGGUCUCUGAAGGUAGAACUUCACAAGACUUCUGCUGGGCUGGGCUUCAGUCUGGAGGGGGGAAGAGCCUCGGCUCAGGGAGACAGACCACUGCAUGUCAAACGUAUUUUUAAAGGGGGUGCUGCAGAGCUGUCCCGGGCCAUUGAUGUAGGAGACGAGGUCCUUGCCAUCAACAGCCACCCCCUUGUGGGCCUCAUGCACUACGAUGCCUGGAACCUCAUUAAGGCUGCCGGUGAUGGUCCUGUGCAGCUUGUCAUACGCAAGCCAAGGACAUCCGUCUGACUUUUCUACAAAGGGGGAACAUCACGACCAGGAUUUAGGGAUGGUUACUUGCUGAAAAUGGAUCAAAGAAGGUCACCCAAUUGUCAACUUUAAUUUUCUUUCAUUCCACCUAUAAUGAGUAUGUACUUUGUACAACACGUCAGCGAUGUCCUACAUAACACUUUGUGCCAGUACGUGUUACAAUUAAAUUAAUAUAUUAAUUUGAUUAAUUUGACCAAAUAAAAUACAAUUUACAAAAGGGAUAUUCAUGAUGAAUUUAUAAUUAAAGUGUUUGACACACAAUACCAUAUUAUACUGUCUGCAGUUUAUUCUUAAGUUAUUUAAGGGGUCAGUUUAGCUCAGGAGGUAAAAUGAGCUCGCUGUCGACUUGCAUGGUUGACUCUGCCGUCUGGGUUUGAAUGUGUGCAUUAACCUUGUAAGUCGCUUGGUAUAAAAGCGUCUGCUAAAUGCCCUAAAUCUAAAUGUUUUAUUUUCCCUUAACAGCUUCAGAGCUCUAAUGAAUAUGCAGAUCCAGUUGUCACCUUAAUGUACCCUUGUCGCUUCUUCUCUGUUUUGAUCCUUUUUUGUUAUGAGUAACAGUGUAAGAGAUGGAAUUGGCCUGGCCAUCUAAAGAACAAACUUAACAUGAGCCGCGCUUGGCCAAAGAGAUCAUAAUGACAAAAUGUACUGACAAAAAAAUUAUCUCGGGAUAGGACUUAUUGCCAUCAAACGUUAUAUACUCAUUAAUUAUUUGUAAAUAAUAUCUUGUAAUUAUUUGUCGGCUUCAUUGUAAGUUGCUUUUUUGUAAAAGGUGUGUAUUUAAAACGAAGUGACGGAAUGUAUUAUUUUUUAUCUAACUUGCUCAGUGUACAUUUAAAUAAAAAUGAAAAUAACCUUGAACAUUUCGUAAUACAGCGAGGUUAAGCUUCGUACAUCAUUAUUAUAUUCUAUCUGAUUUUCCAUAUGACUGACACAACAUGACUAAUUUAAAGAUUUUUUGUAAAUCAUUGGAAUAUAUCUGUAUAAAAUAAAUGUAUAUAUAUUUUUUACUGAAUUGAAUUCUCACUACGUAUUCCUUGGAAAUAAAGCAGAUAAUCCCUCUCUUUA